CCGUGUAGCAGUGACGUUGUCCAGCAAAGUUUUUGGGCGGCGCCGGUGACGGAGCACGGAAAGUUUUGGAGUCGGGUCGUGCAGCUUGGGCGGUGGGAGGACCGGGAUCCUUCCACAUGAGUAACAGAAAGUCAACAGAUGGAGUGCGAUGCUCAGCGCGUCAGAAGAAUCGAAGUUUAUCAACAGCUCCUACCUCAUCUGACCAUGAAGCAGAGACAUGCAAGCGCACAAGGACAACAAACCUGGCACCUUCACCCAAAGGCACAGAAAAACGAACUUCUAAAAAACAGAAAUGUGAUCAUAAAAAUAUGAAAUCUAAUACACAUGGACAAAUUUGUGAAAGUGGCAGUCAGAUUUUUGGCAAGAGCAACUCUCCAUCUUGUUGUGAUAACAUGGGCUCAGAGAGAGCAGUUAACCAACCAAAGAGCAGGGGAAGAAAAUGUCCAAAGACAAAGGUUCGUGCUACCGAACGCUCUUUUUCCAAUAGCCUUGAUUCCUCAAAUCAAGGUGUAACGAAUGUCACUGGAGAUGGUUCUGUGUUUUCUGAUAUAACACAAUCUGAAGUCACCAGAAGAAAGCGAAAUAUUUCUGUCGAUAGUAAUCCAUUUAUUGACGAGGACAGCAACCAACCGAUGCCAUUGACGCGUUUCUUUGGAAAUGCAGAUCUUAUGCAGGACAUACCACCAGUCAUGCCUUCCUGGGCUUUCAUGAGCAGAAGGCAGGUCAGAAAUCUUCAUUUUCGAGCAAAAGAUGACGACGACGAUGAUGAUGAAGAUGACGACGAAGAUCAGGAAGUCACAAUUCAUAAAGAUAAUGUGUAAACAAUCAUUGCCUUGCAGACACCUCUGAAGCUGAACGUACACACAUCCUUGCCUUCUCCUUGAGAGUUUUACAGGAAUUCAUCUUUGUGAAAACCAAAGUGUUUGUCCCAGGAAGAUUAUCUGAUUGUUUUUAGAACAUUAUACCUUCUGCCAACGUUUAAUUUAUUUAGUAUGAAUGACAUUUAAAAUUUGUGGUGCACUAUGAUUGGGGGGAUGGAGUCACCAUAAAAAAGGGUUAAUAUGGAUCUAUGCUAUCCUUUCUUUUGUUCUGGGGGACAUAUGCACAAUUGAUGCUCCUCUUUCAAGCCCACUUCAUAGUGUCAUUCUUGUGGAAAGUUAAUAUGGUCGGUGGUGGCUUUAAAUUUAUUCAACAUCUAGUAUUGUCAAAGUACAUACAGAGCUUAAAAUUUGGACUUUAACAAUUAUUUGUCACUGCAAGCCUGGAGGAAUAAUUUCACAUUCUCAAGAGGUGAAUUUCUACUCACAAGGGCUAAAUAUUUGCUCAUCAAUUGCUAGUGAUGAGUGGAAAUGUUAAGCCACGGUACACAUAUAUAUUGGUGUAAAAGGAGUGAACACCAUUUAUUUGAUAUAGGUAGCCCUAUUGUUAGACACCCUUAAAUGGGUACAGGUUUGUUCAGUCUCUGUACUGCUGUACAGGUUUUUGUUGACAGACUCUCUGUGUGCCCUGGGAUUGAGUAUAGUUCGCCUUUUUAUGGUUGUUAAACAUGAGUUAAAAUGUAAAAAAUGGCACCACUGUCUUGAUGUUGCUUUAUAUUUGAGAUGGGACUAGUGGUUGUCCAUGUUAAAGCUCUAAAUUAUGAGGAGCACCAAAUUGCAAACCUUAAUGUGCCUGACUUAAAAAUAGGUCCAUUGAUUGUAUGUCAGGCAAAUUCUACAUUGCAGACUGCUUUGGAAUUGUGCGAUGUCUAAUUUAUAUUAAAUUAGUUUUGUAAAAGAUAUGUGCAUUUCAAAACCCUGUCAGCUUUGUGAAAGGGCUAUUUUAAAGGUGAAACAUAUUUUGGCCACAAAAAUGGGGAUGCUAUUUAGAGGAAAUAAUGGCUUUUCUAAAAAAUGAUCUAAGGUGGUCUCUAGAGAGAAGCAAUUCCGUACGAGCAUAGAGGGAGAGUGCUAAAGGGCUUUAAUAAUGGGAUUUAAAUAUUUAAUAUUGUAUAUAGAUGUUAUUGCAGACAUUUUUCUUUAUUUCAUUUUUUUUUUUUAACAUGUAUACAAAGAUUUAUAUGUAGAGUUCUACCUAAAGAGUUAUUGAAUGAUUAUAAAAACAAAGAAUAAUUGUGUUUUUCCUUUUUAUUCUGGCUUGAGGACAUUUCCCUCCAUUAAAAAUAAUGAAAUUAAUUCCUUAAACUGAUCUUCCUCCUACCGAUUUGCUCAGUGGAAUAGCAUAGGAUGUGACUUCCUUAUAUGAUUAUUUGAGUCAUGCUAAUUGCUCAGUGAAAGAAUGGUAUUUAAUAUUCCA